GAGUAAGAUAAUGAGGUAAUGCUGCUCCUGAAUUCACCCUGCAAACAAUCGUACCACAUCUACACUGCGUUCUGUUCUAGAACAAUCCUCGCAGAAACCCCAAACACAACAAACAGUAAAGACUCGAACUGCAUAAACUGAACUUACUGUACAAUAAACAUUUACACAGCCCUCAGUCCGCAAUACUACCACAAGCCUUACCUGUCCAAUGCCUAUCUCAUACGACAAAUGGGACCGGCUCGAGGUAUCUGAUGAUUCCGAUGUUGAGGUACACCCAAAUGUCGACACAAAGAGUUUCAUUCGAGCAAAACAACGUCAAAUCCACGAGCAGCGAGCCCAGCGCAAACAUGAGAUCGAAACACUCAAGUACGAGCGCAUUAUCAAUGAUGGACUGCUCGAGAGGAUCAAUGCUCUUCUGGAUGCCCUGAAGAAACAUCAAGAAGAUGCAAACACAAAGAACCCAGAUGAAAUUGUCUUCCAAUCUUUGAUCGAGAGCGCAGGUGAUCCAGCCAAAGAUGAACCACCGAAACCACCCGAGGGGGUCUACACACAUCAGAAGGAGCCGCAACCACGGUAUUCGAAAAUGAUGGGGACACUGGUGGAUCAGGUCAAGAAGGAAGUGGAUGCAAAGAAAUCAGCCAACCGAUACACCGACUAUGUUGAAGGUGUCAGCGGCCACCUGACCAAAGUCCAGCAGUUACAGCAACAGCUGUUGCAGCGUUUGGCAGAGCUUGAGAAGGAGAUGACGGCAAAGAUCACGAGCGAGGAUAUUCAUGAGGGGUUCAGUUACUCAUCGGUCAACAAGGCAAAAGAGAAGCCUGCCGCAACAAACAAGCCGAAGGAGAAGGCUAAGAGCGAGACGGUUGAAUUGCUCAAUGCACCAAAGGGGCUCAGCUCUAAGACCAGGGAUGCGCUCAAGUCGCCAGACGAGGGCGUCUCGUCCGGUGCCGAGGCAGACGUCGAAGAUGAUGCACUCAUUGAGAAGCACGAAGACGACGACCAGGAGGAUGAGACGAGUCUAAAGCUCACACCAGAAGGCAAGGCUUUUGCAAAGAUCAAAUUGGGCGACUACCGAGCAUGCCUACAGUACAUUACCGAACAUCCAGCUAUCGUCAAUGAGCGUACACAGGACGCGCUGAUGAUUGAGGCCUUCAACUCUCAGAUGAAAGGGCAGGAUACCUAUGCUAAGGGCUGCGUGCACCAGAGUCUGCUCAUCCAAUAUUGCCGCCAACUAGGCCGCGACGGAGUAGGAAUGUUUUUCAAACGUAUCACUACCAAAGGUCAUCAAGCUCAGCAAGUAUUUACUAAAGAUUUGACCGAGACAUACGAACGAAUCAAGGUUCGGGCGGCAGAGCUGAACAAGGAGGAAGGCACUGAUCCUGCGGGCGUGGAACAGAUCCAGUUGCAUGCCGUUGAGCCUGGGACAGAGAUUCAUAUCAACGUGCCAGAAGCCGGAUCGGACGAUCCUAUUGAACAGCAAGCUCGUGAAAUCUACGAACGAUUUCCGCCUGGACUUCAACGUGCUCUGGAGAGUGGUAGCCUAGACCAGGUUAACGGUGUGCUUGGGAAGAUGAGCGUUGACGAGGCUGAAGAAAUUGUGGAACUAUUGGGACAAGGAGGAAUGCUGAGUCUUCAAGAAGGGGUGAUUGACGCCACCAACGAAGAGGGCCAGCAGAGACUGAAAGAGAUUGAGGAAGAAGAAAGGCGCAAGAAGGCAGAGAAAGGCAAAGAGAUUGAGGCAGUAGGCGAGCCUGGUGAUGCUGUGGAAGCAUGAGAGAUCGUACUCAUGGUACAGGACCAUACCUACCUAGGUAUUUGGAUUGAGCAAGCAAGCAUACUCAUCAGCAUCAAAAACCGGUGAUGAUUAAUGCUGCAA